AUGUCGAUGCUGAACGACAGUUCUAUGCAGAUAACAAAUGAAACUAUUACAAAUGUGCCUUAUGCAUUAAUGGAGAAAGCAAAAACGUAUAAACAUCUUUUAAUACAACAUACAAUAUAUACAAUACAUAUAUACAAUGGACAAUGGUACUGUCAUCUGUGUGAGUCUAUGUUACAAAACUUGUCAGAUAUGAUUUGUCAUUUACAAGAAGUUCAUCCAGAUAGUGGCAUAUACAUACCAGAUUUUUUUGAUCUAUCAAAAUCUAUUAAAUUAUCGGAUACAAAUUGUAGUGAAUCAUUAAAUCAUGAAACAGCAAAUCAGGAUCAUAUACUGCAAGAUUAUUUUUGUGCAAUAUACGAUCAUAUAAAUUCUGAAAAACACAUUAUACAAUUUAACAUGCUACAUGAGAAUAAAGAACAUUUGAAACUAUUAAAGCAGCUAGUGAAAAUAAAACCUGCAUAUGUCAAAUGUUUUGCUUGUGAUAUAUAUAAAUUUCAGAAUGUAACAUCUAACAUAGAUUUUAAAAAUCAUAUAUGUACUCCUUUGCACAAGAACAAUUGUAAACGAUUGCGUAGUCAGGUUGAGUUCAUAUUGGAAGAAUUUGAAAAUUUAUGGUAUAGUAUCCAGUACUUUGCUUGCGUCGAUUGCAACACAAAAUUCAAAAUGAAGAUAAAAUUUAUGGAACAUCUUAAUAACAAGCACGAAGAAGUUAUAAAAAAUAAGAUUAAUUCGAGGUUUGAUUUUUGCUUAACGUGUGCGACUUUAUGGUACAAAAAUGAAACUAAUAAUAAAGACGGUACAAAUUAUGAAAACCACUGUCAGACACAAGUACAUCAGUAUCUAAAAAAAAGUAAUGACUUCGCAGUUACUCCGCUGCCGCAACCUCUGCAAAAAUUGUUGAGAAAUGUUAACGAAAUUUCUGCUGAUCUGUUCAAAUUGUCGAACGAAGCAUUAAAUGAUCCAAAAGUGACUCAACUUACAGAUGCUUUGAAGCACAUCUUUGGAACAUAUCAGCUUCCUGUCGAAGUAUUCACGUUUGGUUCAAGAGUUACUGGUUUAGCGUUAACAAACAGCGAUAUCGACAUAUAUCUUAACUUCGGUGACAAAUGUAUCGAGCCUGAAUCGAUUAAGAAAAGGAGUAAACAGAUUCAAAAUUGUUUACGUACCGAGCAUGAGAAUUGGGAUAUAGAAUUAACUUUGGACAGGAGUAGAACUCCUAUAAUAAAAGUAAAGCACAGAUCAACGGGACUACAGUGCGAUAUCUCGUUUACGAAUAGUCUGUCAGUAGAAAAUUCCAAGCUUAUUAGAUCUUUUAAUACCGCAUAUCCACCGUGUCAAAAAUUGACACUGUUUCUGAAAAAAUGGCUGUCGCUGGCGGGUUUGAGUGGUCCUGACGGAAUAACAAAUUACGCUCUUGUUUGGUUAGUCAUCUUUUACUUGCAAGUCAAAUUUAAAAUUCCGAGUAUUGCUGACUUAAUCAAAACCCAUAAUCAGUCAAAAAUCAUCUCUGGUUGGGAAACUGGAGUCAGUGAUACUAUUUUUAUCAAUAUACCGCAACAAACGAUACGUAAACUGUUGAUAGGAUUUUUCGAAUAUUACGGAGGUUUCGAUUACAUGCAUCUCAUCAUAUGUCCAUUAUUAGGUAAAACAUGUCAAAAGAAAGCUUUUACUGAAGUGUCGAUUUUACCUAAUUCUAUGGCACUUUAUAUUACACAAUUGCAUAAGAACAACCCAGAAUAUUUUCGUAUUGAUUCACCUAUGUGUGUGCAAGAUCCGUAUGAUCUCUCACAUAAUUUAACGAAGGCUGUGUCAGUUUUCAUGCUUAAACGUUUUAAACGCUAUUGUAAUGAAAGUUUAUCAGUAUUAUGUAACGUUACUGCUAAAUCA